GCAGUUUACGUACGGUAAUCUAGAAAAUUCCACAUAGGUAUUACUUUACUUUAGUUUUUACAGAAAAACCUGUUGCAUUUUAAAGCACUGGGGGGAAACAGUGAAGGUAAAGAUUAAUUCUCUUUGAUAGAGUUUUGCUGUUGGCUUCCCUCCCCUGGACUACACAAACUGAUGUCCGUCUCUGCAUCCCACCUGCACGGCAGCAGCAGCAGUAGUGAGCGUGUCCUGACUCCGCGCCCUAAGAUAGAUGACAAUUUCAUGCUUCAUGGACACAAACCUGCCCCACUUUGCGCUGCUUAAUUUGUCGCCUACAUUUGCUUUUUUGUCGCUUUGCAAUUAGCAAAGCUGACGAGGAUGGACUCUAAGCGAGAAAAAGACCAACAAGAUGCAGACUGUGAGAGGAUAACUGCAGUACUGCUCAAGUCGCGCACUGGAGAAUUUGAUCUGGAGUCAAUCCUGUUCCUCAAGCUGCGGGGUCUUGGUAUAUGUGAUCUUGGAUGCAUUGGGGAAUGUGUUAAUUUGGAGAGAUUAGACCUAUCUGGAAAUAAUAUCACAAAUUUAGCUCCUCUGGCAUCGUUACGGCUCCUCUCUGUCCUUAAUUUGUCUGCAAACAGGAUUACUAAUUUAGAACCUUUACGCAAUUGUGAAAAUUUACAAAACUUGAAUGUGGCUGGCAACAAUAUAUCCAGUAUUGAGAACUUACACUGCCUUGUUUCUUUGAGAAAGCUGGAAAAUUUUCGUCUUAAAGACAACACUUACAAUUACACAAAUCCAGUCUGCAGAAACUCAUCAUAUAGAACUGUUGUGCUUGAGAUGUUCCCCAACAUGAAGGUUCUGGAUGGGGAACGAGUUGUGGGACGUGGGAGUGACUUGUAUCAGUUAUGCAAGGAUAUUGAUGAUACCAUCAAAGCUGGUUCAUACAAAAAUGGACAGCUUGUUGAGCAUACGAAUUGUAAGCCAUGGGUAGAAGAUACAUAUUGGGAGAUAAAGAGAUCAAACAAUGCCAUUAUUGAUGAAGCCUACAAGCAGUUCAAUGAUGUUCUUCACGAGUGCAGACUCCUAAACAACAGAGCUUCUCAUGUAAUUUCACAAACUGAAAAAUCCAUGAGCCUAAAGAAGCAGUCCAAGCAAUACGCCAUCUGAGUCUGGCUUUUGAAGUGCGUCUCUGCAAUACUGAGCGUUUUUUGCCCUAUAAUGUAACAAGAAUAAUGUACUGUAGCUUUUUCAAACAGCCAAUUUUUGUCUAAAUGCUUGACGGUUAAACCUGCUGGACGCAUUUGCUCUGCAUUGCAGUGUAUGGCAUUUGCUGUAAUUGUAUGCAUCCUAUGCAUUAGUCUUAAGAAGAAAUAUUGCAGGAUAUAAAAGCUUUGCCCAUGCUGAUACCCCUCAGUUUGGUUCUAAGAUGUCUUAACAUGCACAGUGUGCAUUUUGUAUGAUGCUGUAAAAUCUGCUGCUUUAAGAGUUUUUAGGAAUAUUUAGCUAUUGAGACCUUUUUCUUUUUCCAUUUAGCGUUGCUGGUCCUUUUUGAACCUGCCCCUUGCACUGGUGACGUACAUUUGCAAAUGUGAUUGAAUGAUUGUUUUGCUAUUUCUACUUGUUUUAUACCAUGCGGUUUAUCGUGUGUACAACCUGCUUAUAGAAAAUACAGCAUUUAUAAACCUAA